AUGAAGGACAUCUGGAAAGCUCCACUUGCCUUGUACCUGAUCAGCUUCCUGGGACCCUUGGUAUCUGCUACCAUAGAACAUUAUACAAGAUUCCCUUUCAAUCUAAAAUUCAACAACAUACAGCACAAAUGCCCACCCCUUAAUGGUGGACAGGAUGACCUUCCUGGCUUUGAUCUGAUUUCCAAGUUCCAAAUAGACAAAGCUGCCUCUGUCGGGGCUAUUCAGUCAGUGGUGGGUACUUCUCCCUAUCAAGUAGCCUACCAGCUGGGGCCCAAUGUUGACUUCAGAAUUUUGACAAGGCACAUCUAUGUUAGCGGACUGCCAGAAGAAUAUUCCUUUAUGUUUACUUUCCGGAUGAAAGACAGCUCAAAGAACAAAUACUGGACUAUCUGGCAAAUUGUGGACUCAGAAGGGAGGCAGCAAGCUUCAAUUAAUUUCAAUGGCCCCAAAAAAGCUCUUGAGUUCUCUUAUAAAGGAACGGAUGGAAAGUUGAACACAAUCACCUUUAACCAGCUCCCCUUCUUGUUUGACACCAAGUUCCACAAAGUUCUCUUCAGUGUGGAGAAGUCUAGACUUACCCUUUACAUUGACUGCAUCAAAGUGGAGUCAUUCAAGCUGGUUCCCAGAGGAAAAAUUAAUGUAGAUGGCUAUACUAUAUUGGGAAAACUGAAGAGUAACCAUGAAGUAUCUGUGCCGUUUGACCUCCAGUGGAUGUUAAUUCAUUGUGAUCCUCUGCGGCCCGAGAGGGAGUCUUGCACUGAGCUGGAAGCCAGAAGACAGAUCAGCCAGGCGCUGCUUGAGAGAGGACCACCCGGACCCCCUGGGCCAGCAGGUCCCCCCGGACCAUCCGGAGUCCCUGGCAUCGAUGGCAUAGAUGGCGACAGAGGUCCUGAUGGCCCUACAGGACCACCGGGUCCAGAUGGGGACUCGGGCAGACCCGGAUCUCCCGGAUUGCCAGGCGAACCCGGAGCCGAUGGACUAACAGGACCUGAUGGAUCUUCUGGCUCUGUCGGCCCAAGAGGACAGAAGGGUGAACCAGGAGCUCCAGGGGCUCGCGGACUAUCUGGUGGUGGAGUUGCAGGGCCAAGGGGAGUAUCUGGUCCAUCAGGACUCCCAGGUGAACUUGGUCGCAGUGGUCCAGUGGGUGAUUCUGGUCCCAGAGGUACUCCAGGUCCACCAGGGCCACCGGGACCUAGGGGAACAGUUGCACUGCGAGAGGGAGAUCCCCUGUGUCCUAACUCUUGCCCACCGGGACGUACAGGUUAUCCAGGUUUGCCUGGAAUGAAGGGCCACAAAGGUGUAAAAGGAGAAGCUGGUGAACCUGGAAAACAAGGCCAUAAGGGAGAAGAAGGAGAACAAGGAGUUAUUGGAGAAGUUGGAUCCCAAGGCCCUCCAGGACCACAAGGAUUAAGAGGAAUCACUGGUGUAUUGGGGCCACAAGGUAGUAAGGGUAAUCGUGGAACUGAUGGAGUACCUGGUCCCCAGGGAGUUGCUGGUGCAACUGGUGACCAAGGCCAGCGAGGUUCAAUAGGAGAAGCUGGGCCAAAAGGUGAACGAGGAAUUCUUGGACCAAGAGGAAUUUCUGGAAUGCCAGGAUCUAAAGGGGAAGCAGGCUUGCCAGGCGUUGAUGGUCGAGAUGGAAUCCCUGGAAUGCCAGGAGGAAAGGGUGAUUCUGGAGAGCCUGGUGCCCCUGGAGAAGCUGGACUACAAGGAUUGCCAGGUUUGCCAGGCAAUCCUGGAGCAAAGGGAGGUGCUGGAGAGAAGGGUAAUGCUGGCACCCCAGGUGUAUCUGGCCUAAUGGGAAACUCUGGUAAACCUGGUGAUCAAGGACCACAAGGUGAAGUUGGCCCAAGAGGACCUAUUGGACCUCCAGGUGGCAGAGGAGAGGCAGGUCCUAUUGGCCCACCUGGACCACCUGGGAAACUAGGUUCUCGAGGAGAUCCUGGAUUCCUAGGCCUGCCAGGACCCCCAGGUCUUCCUGGACUUAAAGGUGACAGGGGUGGAGUUGGGGAGACUGGUCCCAAAGGUGAACAGGGUGGCCCUGGAGAGGAAGGCUUUGGAGGAGAGAAGGGUGAACAGGGUGAUAUUGGAAAUCCAGGACCAAAGGGAUCUACUGGAAGCCCUGGUGAACCCGGUAAUCGUGGCCCUGAAGGAAGUCGUGGCCUCCCUGGUGUAGAAGGUCCUCAAGGUUCAGCUGGUCCCCGAGGGAUGCAAGGUGAACAAGGUGCCCCUGGAUUACCAGGAGGUCAGGGUCCUGCAGGUAGAGAACCUACAGACCAGCACAUCAAACAAGUGUGUAUGAGAGUGUUGCAAGGACAGUUAGCAAACUUGGCAGCCAGUCUACGAAGACCAGAAUCUGGAGCUGCUGGCCUACCAGGACGACCAGGUCCACCAGGUCCUCCUGGAACGCCUGGUGAUAAUGGUUUACCAGGACAUAUUGGACAAAGAGGACUUCCAGGACUUAAAGGUCCUCCUGGGGAACUUGGUCUUAGAGGUCCAAAAGGUGAUGGUGGAGAAAGAGGUGAAAGAGGAUUGCCAGGAAGAGGUCCAAAGGGUUUGCCAGGAAUACAAGGUCUUACAGGUGAGCCAGGCAAACCAAGUUAUGGACGUGUAGGUCGUGAUGGAGAGAGAGGCCCACCUGGUCGAUCUGGGCAGCCUGGAAUCCCAGGUCCACCAGGUCCUCCUGGAACAGCAGGAUACUGCGAUCCUUCUUCUUGCAGCCUCCAGGCCCUUGCUGCUCCACAAUCCGCUAAAGAUCUGAAAGGGCCAGUGUGAAAAUGUCUUGAACUGCUAAAAACCAUGUUACUGUCUGCACCUAAAAUCAACGUGUAAAGAAUGGAAUGAAGGGAAGAGAAGACAAACAUGACCCUUUUUAAAUUCCAAACAGCAGGCAUUAACACACUGUGACAAUAAUGACUUAAUAAAUACCUACCAAAUUUGGAAAAGAAUGAUGGUGCUUAAAAUACUUCAUGAAGAGCUCCAUAAGCAGCUGCAGAGAAUAAAAAAAUAUUUUUCAAACAUUUGUAAGUUGCCAUAUUCUCAAAUAAGAGUCCAUGGAUGAAGAAUUGCCUUUUAUUUACCUCAUGAUUUAAUCACCAACACAGUGUAUAUAAACCCACUUAAGAAAGACAUACUCAACAGAAGUAUACUAUGCAGAAAAAUAAGCAGGCUUGAAAAAUGUUCUUAGAUUGCAGUUAUAAAACAUAAGUUGUCCCCAGUUAUACAAUCCUUGCUCAAUUUAUAGGAAGUGUCACUGCACUCCGGUCUUUGUCCAAAAAUGUGUUUUUGUUAAUUGUAUUUUCAUGUGUAAAACAUGGAGGAAAUGGUUCAUGUACAAACAUGGUACAACAAGUGCUGUAAAUCUCUGUAUAUGUGCUAUAGGUGGCCGAUAUGUCUUGAAGAUGCAUCCCAAUUAAAGACAAAGUUACUUUUUUUUCUUUAGCUUAUUUUGUCUCUAAGCAUUAUGGGUAUAAAACCUGUAUCAACUGACACCUUCUCUGUGUGGCAUCCACUCUGCAGUGUGAUGAAAGCUCUAACAGAUUUUUAAUAUCCAGAAAUAAAAUCGUUUUAUAACUGAGAA